GUCGUCACCUCGCUGAAAGAAAGGAAGCAGAGAGAGAGAGAGAGAGAGAGAGAGAGAGGGAGGGGAUCUCCGAUUUGUGUCUGAACUGUCUGAAACCCGCCUCGGAGACUUUUUAGAGGAAUUAUUUGAAAAGAAGAAGAAAACGAAGAAAGAAGAGCAAAAUGCAUUCGGUUUUGUAUCGUUUGAACACACUCAUCACCUUAGCGGGCUUCCUGCUGGCUGUUAUGUGCUCAUUGGCUUCCUUCACUGAUACUUUCCAUGUGCCCUCCGUCACUGCCCACGCCGAGGUCCUGAAAGUAAAUCGGUUUCGGAAGCAGCUGACUGGAAAUGAUGAGGUCAGCUUGACAUUAAACGUAUCCAUGAAUUUACGGUCAACAUUUACCUGGAACACCAAGCAGGUUUUUGUAUUUGUUGCAGCUGAGUAUGAAACUGCAAAGAAUUCCUUGAAUCAGGUGUCAUUGUGGGACCAUAUAAUCCAAGACAAAGGCCAUGCAAAACUUGAAGCUCAGAUCACUAACAAGUAUCCUUUCAUUGAUCAGGGAAGCCAUCUUCGUGGUAAGAAGAUCCAACUUGUUCUCCACUGGUAUAUUAUGCCCAAGACAGGUAAAACAAUUGAAGACAAGAUGGUAAUAUCUGACUUUCGUCUACCUCAGGUUUACACAUAGUUUUUCCAUUUCCUCAUGCUAAUCAUCCCAGAAGUUCAAUAGUUUUGUUCAACAAUAUUGGAUACUAACUUUGCUUAGUGCAGUAUUUUUUGGUGAGGUUUUAUUGAGAGAAUUGGAACUGGGUCAGUUAACAACUCCGAGCCCUUGUUGCUACUUUAGUGGAAUGUUUAAAUGAAAAUUUCAUUUAGAGCUA